UAUAUAAGUUCUACUUUAACAAUUUAAUGAAUGGUUUCAAGCUUGGUUAGACAUACAUACAGCUUCUACUUCCCUCUAUCAUCUUGCUUGAGGUAAUUUUAGUUUCACCUCACAGUUUUGGUUCUGCCAGUACAUAGUUCACCACAGUCCAAUCAACACCUUCUUAACUAGUGUACAAGAAGUAUGUGAAAUCGUUCGUUUUCAUUCAGUAAAAACAUUCGAUAUAUCUAUAUCAAAAAUUUGUAUAAUUAAUUGAACAAGGUACUUCUUUACUUCCUGUUAUAUACGUAUUUAAUUGUCUUCGAUGAAAUACGUUAUUUAAAAAUCGUUUUGUGGAAAAUCUUUUAAAAAAAAAAAAUAACUACCAUGGAUAUGGACACUGCGAGGGAAUUAGUAUUGACUUUGAAACAAGGUAAUGAGUCACACGCGGGUUAUGGUUUACAAAAAGAAUCUGAAGCACUCGUUGGUCACAUUUUGCAAAAUAUGGUAAAAUCUCCUCUACCGACUUUAAUUCCUGAAACAAAGAACGAAGAAGAUUCUAUCAGAUUCCGGGAGGAAGGAAAUCAACAUUUUGUAAUGGGUGAUGAUACAGAAGCCAUAAAAUGUUAUACGAUGAGCUUAGCAUAUGCAAGUAGCGAAGAACUCAUGGCCUAUGCUCAUGCUAAUCGAUCAGCGGCUUUAUAUAGGAAGCAAAUGUAUAAACCAUGUUUAAUUGAUAUCGAUGCUGCUUUAAAUCUUGGAUAUCCGGAAGAGAAAAGGAAAAACUUGAAAGAGCGAGGUGCUAAAGCUGUGGAAGAAAUUAAAAAGAAACUGAAGAUUAAAGCGGAUGAUCCAAUCGACACGCAGAAGUUAAUGAGUAUGUGUUUGCCAGAGAAUAUUACCGAUGUACCCGUGACUGUAAGGUACCGAAACGGAAGUGCCGAAAAUAAGAAAGAAACGAAUAAAAAUGUAAAUGUUAACGGAAAUAAGGAUGAGUCGGUUAAUGGUUGCAAUGAACCAUCUAUAGAUAAUAAAGGAAAAGAACCAAGAUACGUAGCAGAUGAAGGUGCAUUAAAGUUAGCUUAUGGUCCUAGCAAAGAGGUGCCCGCUGCUAGCGAUGGCGUCAGUAUUUCUUACUCGGAAAAGUACGGACGUCAUUUAAUAGCCACCAAAGAAUUUAAGCCAGGGGAUGUAGUUUCUUUCGAAAAUCCGUACGCUUAUAUUAUUUACGCGCAAAAGUAUUACACGCAUUGUCAUCAUUGUUUAUCAAGAAGUUAUAACUUAAUUCCGUGCCCGCAUUGUCCAAUGGCUCAAUAUUGCUCAGAGAAGUGUAGAACAUUGGCUUGGGAAAUGGCCCACAACAUAGAGUGCCCGAUUUUGGCAGUGUUAGGAAAUUUAUUUAACGUCGACAAAGAUAAAGUACGUAUGCUUACCAAAAUUGUUCGGUUUUUGAUCACGGUAACAGCAAAAGGCAAGAAGUUCGCAGAACUGCGCGAAGACAUGAAAGUGGCCGAGUCUAAUCCAGAUAACAGGACUGCCGGAUUUACGGACGAAGGUAUACUGGACAGUACGAGCGCACGAUCUGCUUUGAGUCUUGCAACCAAUAUGACAACAAGACCGCUCAUAGGACUCAGUGCCUUUGCAUGCAUCUCGGCUCUUGCAGCUAUCCUUUUAGCCACGCAGACUAAUUUCUUCUGCAAGAAAUAUGAAGUGAACCAAUUAAAAGAUAUUAACAAUGUCCCCGAAUUGAAAUUUUGCGGCAGCCUCAUGUUUCGCGCCUGUGUCAUAAUGUCUUCUAAUUGUUUCACGGUGCAACAAGAACCAGGAAUAAAAUCGGGCUCCGGUCUGUACGUGAUGCACAGCUUGUACAAUCAUUCUUGUGCACCGAAUACGUUCCGUCACUUCGAAGGAUUGACGAUGAUCACUCGUGCAUUAGAGCCAAUAUAUCCCGGAGAUCAGAUAUUCACAGGUUAUGGAGCUGCGUAUGCACACAUGCCACGAUCUGAAAGAAGAGAAAAAAUAAUGCAGGACUACUUCUUCGAGUGCAACUGUCCCGCGUGCGAGUCCGACUGGCCGAUGUACACCGAAAUACUUCGUAAUCACGUCGGUUCUGUUUGCAAGAACAAGGGGCUUGUAGAGAAAUUGAAACCUUAUAAACAAAGAUUGCUAAAAAACAUGUACGACAUCGACGCUGUAAAAUCUGUUCUUGGUAUACUGUAUAAAGAAGUAUCCCAGCCGUGCGAAGAAAUCGUACAUGCGGAGCAAUACCUGAAGAGUUAUUAUUUAGGUAAAUUCAAUACGAUGUGAAACUUAGUAGAUACUUACGCUUAUUUACACUUAUAUCGCUUUGCUUAAUUAACACCACUUAACCGAUAUACUCACUUACAUAC